CACAAUAUUUCUCACCAACAUCAUAGACAGAGAAAGAAAAACAAAAUUAUUAAGCCCAGAGAUAUAUACCUAGUUAGGUAUGGGAACAAAAGCAGAUUUCACGGUGACGGAGAGCAAGAAGGAAGUGGUGGCAGCAGUGUUACCAUUGCAAGAACACUGGCUACCACUCUCCAACCUUGACUUGCUUCUGCCGCCCGUUGAUGUGGGAGUCUUCUUCUGUUACAAGGAACAAGAAGCCUUUGGGGACAGGAUAAGCUUUGGUUCCAUGGUGAGUGUCCUCAAGAAGGCCAUGGCUCAGGCUCUUGCCUCCUACUACGCAUUUGCUGGUGAGAUUGUGCCUAACACUGUGGGGGAGCCUGAGCUUGUUUGCAACAAUCGAGGGGUGGAUUUCGUUGAAGCUUACGCUGAUGUUGAGCUUCAAAACCUCGACUUGCAUAACCCCGAUGAAAGCAUUGAAGGCAAACUUGUACCUCAGAAGAAACAUGGCGUGCUCUCGGUUCAGGCAACAGAACUUAGAUGCGGCGGAUUAGUGGUGGCAUGCACAUUUGAUCACCGUAUUGCUGAUGCCUACUCAGCCAACAUGUUUCUUGUCUCAUGGGCUGAAAUGGCUCGGUCCAAGUCAAUCUCUGUGGUACCAUAUUUUCGCCGGUCCCUGCUGAACCCCAGGCGUCCAGGGUGCAUCGAUGCCUCUCUCGAUCAUAUGUACACGCCCAUAUCUUCUUUACCACCCCCUAAAGACCACCAUCAAACAACUGAUAAUCUUAUUAGUCGCAUAUAUUAUAUUACUUCUGAGCAACUCAAUGAUCUUCAAGCACUUGCCUGCUCUAAUGGAUACAAAAGAACUAAGCUUGAGUCUUUCAGUGCGUUUUUAUGGAAAAAGGUAGCACUUCUUGCUGCCAAAGAUAAUUUCAAGAUUACAAAGAUGGGUAUUGUUGUGGAUGGAAGGGUUAGACUGGGUGAAGGAGAUAAAGAUAAAGCAAGUCUAAUGAGCUCUUAUUUCGGAAAUGUUCUUUCCAUUCCCUUUGGAGGCCAAAGAGUAAAUGAACUGAUCGAAAAACCCUUAUCAUGGGUAGCAAAUCAAGUUCAUGAUUUCCUGGACCAAGCAGUGACAAAGGAACAUUUCCUAGGCCUGAUUGACUGGGUUGAAGCUCACCGUCCUGAACCAGCACUGGCCAAGAUAUAUUGCAAUGGCAGCGAUGAUGGGCCUGCUUUCGUAGUAUCAUCCGGGCAACGUUUCCCAGUUUCAAAAGUGGAUUUCGGAUGGGGUUGCCCCAUUUUUGGGUCAUACCAUUUUCCUUGGGAAGGCGAUGCUGGAUAUGUGAUGCCUAUGCCAAGCCUGGCUAGGGAAGGUGAUUGGGUGGUGUAUAUGCACCUGUUCAAAAGGCAGUUGGAGCUGAUAGAGACCGAAGCUAGCCAUGUGUUUAGGCCUCUCACUUCUGAUUAUCUUGAUUCAUUGGCUCCAAUUUAUUAACCUAAUGCCCUUCACUAUAUUGCAAUUUACCAAAACUUUGUUUCAGAAAAAUUUGUAUCAUGUGAAGAACCAGCCUUCCAGACAUCUUGUGUUCGAAUUUGGACUAUAGUACUACAGCAUUAUAUACAGCUAGCCU